AUGACCACCAGCGACCCAUGGGACCAGCAUACUCUGACGAAGCUCAGUGAAGGCAGAUCUGUAGAGAUUUAUCCAGAUCUGGUCAGAUCCGGCGUUGUACAGUGUUUUCCGGGGAGAACUUUUCGGGAAACUUUCAGAAUUUUUGCUACAUUCUCUCCGGGCCAGUUCAUAUCAUUUUUAGUGGCUUUGGUUACAGAUGAUGGAUUGGGGUCAUGUCCUCAAUUGGGGUUGAAGACGAGGGGAAAUAGUGGUAAAAAAGAGACGAGUUUUCGCUUUGGUUUUGGAGAAAGGAAUGACAGCGGGGUAUCUCUCUUGGAGUUUGCUAAAACUUUUGAGUUGGUCAUUGCUAACUCGUGUUUUCUAAAGAGGGAUAAUCAUUUGGUCACCUUUAGUAGCACGGUAGCUAGGACUCAGAUUGACUACUUACUCUUCCGGAAGGGUGAUAGAGGCCUUUGUGAUUGUAAGGUUAUUCCGAGGGAAAAUAUUACUACGCAACAUAAGCUUUUGGUGAUGAACUUGGAGAUUAAGAGGGAUAUGAAAAGGAAGUCCCUUUAUGACCGAUCGAGGAUUAGAUGGGGGGACUAA